CUCAAAUAGAUUUAUUAAAUGUUGAUUUUAUAAUGAUGGCUGGAUUAUAUUUUUGAGUGUGUUAUCAGAUUCAAUUUGAUCAUUUAUAUUGUUACUACAUUCCGUAUAUACAAAAUAUACGGAAUUUUGCAUGGUGACCAGAGAGAACUGUGAUUUUUAUUUAUAGUUGAAUUUUGUAUUUUUGUUGCAUACAAGUUUUUCCCCCGCUUAAUUAGGUUUCAAAAAGACUGAUUUUUUGAUGAUGACCAAUCUACAAUUUUGAGUAUCUUAUUAGAUUCAAUUCAAUUAAAGAAAAGUUUUUCUUAUUUUUGACACUAUCAAAAAACUUCCCCUUUUAUUUAAGGGGACUCAAUGUUUUUAUGAGUGUGAUAUAUUUAAUAUGGCAUUGUUGGGUUUAAUCAAGAUUGGGUUGAUAUAUUCAUGUCCAAUAAUUACAUGGCAGAAAUGUUAUGCUCAGAAAAUUUCAAGUUCAAACUUUAUAGUUUUUCCCUCCUAUCACCAUUGCAAAGUUAACAAUGCUAUGGUUCACAUCACAGUGUUAAUAUAACACUCAUAACACUAAUAUAACCAACUUCCGUAUUCUGACCUAAUGCCUUUUCUUAAUAUUUUACAUUCCAUCAUUCCAGUUAAACUUAUGUUUUACUUAGCUGAGUUGUAACCAUAAUAAGAAAUAAAAUAUUGGAAUUUAAUGUUUUGAAAAUGUCUGGGAACAUGUAUGCACAACAUAUUAUGGUUCAACAACCUGUACAACCUCUCAUGGAUGCUCGAGCAGCUCGAAGAGAAAGAAACAAAUUCACAUUAUAUAAACUGGGAAUCACAGAAAUAGUUGCAGGGAUUAUUUUCAUCUUUGUGUGCAUUAUCAGCAUGGCAGUUUCACCAUAUUAUGCUGGAAGAUAUACCACUGGUGUAAUCUUCGUUUCUCCUGGGAUAUGGUGUGGUAUCUUUCCUAUCAUCAGUGGAAUUUCCGGUGUCUUGUCAAGAAAAAAUCCAACUCAAUGCCUAUUUAUUGCAAACAUGGUGAUGGCAAUUUUUACAGCAAUUUUCAUGGCUAUACUAUUCAGCUUAUCCGUAAUUUCAGCCCUUAUCGUUGGUGGCUAUUUCUUCCUGGCUGCAUUGCAAGCAAUUAAUUGUGUUGGCAGCUUUGCUAUUCUCGUAAUAGCUAUCAUUCAUUCUGCAUAUUGCUGCUCUGGGAGUUGUUGUUACUCACCUUCACAGCAACUUUCUUCAGGCUCAAAUUAUGCACAUGGUCAACAGUUUAUUCAAUUACCUAACGGUCAGUUCGCUCUUGUUCAAAAUCAGCCAUUUGUUAAUAACCAACCUGCUCUACACGCAGCGCCUACAUGGCAACCCCAGGUAGGCAUCGUGCAGCCAAGUACAUCGAACCAGUAUCCCCAAACUCAAAUGAAUAUGAACUUCACUCCUAAGCCAGAAACAGGAGCUGCUGAAAACCCACCAUCAUAUGAUACUCAUGGUUUUGCUACAAAUCCUAAUUAUAUGUGAUUCGAUUGCUAGUAUAUACCGGUGGCUAUAUUCUCCUGAAUUCACUUUGCAUUUACAUUUUGUCUUAUAACUUGGCAUGUAUAAAUAGUAGUAUUUGCCUAUAUUAUUAUAAGUUAGUACAAAAUCACAUAUUGCUAUUUUCCAUGUUCUAUUAUUGCUUUAUUGAUGAAAAUAUAAUGAAGAAUAAUGUUGCCUUUUUUUAUUGGCCAAAUGUUGGAAAUUUUCUUUCUCGUAGCAUUUGAAUAUUAAUUUGUAACUUAUCCACUGCUUGCCCCAUGCUUAUUUGUGUCCAAAAAGUUCACUCUUAUCUAUGUAAUUAUUGAUAAGUAUAAAAUUUUAAUAGUUAACGGACCAAUUUAUGUCUUCAAUAGAUGUAUUCUAGGUAUAUUAUUUGUACUUUUAGCAGUUUUAAUUUUUAAAAUUGUUAUGUAUUAUUUUAUAUGUUAGUGUCUGAAUGAUGUUACAAAAGCUAUUGCAAUUUCUAAGCUGUUCUAAGUAUUUAAAGAUUUGUGGUUACUUGGGUUUAUUACUUAUGCACAUGCUCUUUCGUGUAUUGAUCUACACAAAAUAUAUUGCUAAUGCCAUGUAUAUACAACUGAGACUGUUUGAAAAAAUUAUAUUAUUAUUGCCUUUCCCCCAUGAUGUGACACAUUCCCUUUUCAAGAAGAUCAUAUAGUAUGGCUCGUUUGUAAAUUUACAUAUCUUUAUGCUUGAUUUAUAAUAUUUUGAAGAACAUUAGUUGUCUUACCUUAACUGUUUUGUUAUAAUUCACUGAUGUAAGUUAUCAUAAAAGUAAUCAGGCCAUGUCUAUGUACUCGAAAUGAUAAACUGAUAAAUUCAACUACGGUAUUUCUAAAAUUUAUGUGGAUUGUCAAUCAGAGGAAAGACGGGGAUUCGCGAUCUCACAACUUUUGUGUUUUGAUUUGAUACAAUCAUUAUCAAACAAUGGGGCCAGCCCCACAAGGGGGGUGCAGACAAUUUUUUGAGGGGGCGUGAAGUGAAGCCAAUCGAAAAUAAAAAUAUUUGUUAGAUUUGAUCUUACCCGCCUUUUUUUUGAAUAUUUACUAAAGAUUGCGAUUCCAUUCAUGUAUUUUCAACAUGUUUUUUGAAUAAAACAUACUUUCACCUUACUAUCUGUUAUUUGUAGCUUAUUGUUAGCUAGCUAUUUUUGAAGUUGGGCGCUAGACUUAUUAAUAAUUUCUAGCGGAUUAAAAAGUUUGAGAACCACCGAUCUAAUGCUUUUUAUGAAUAUUUUUAGA